UCCCCGGUACCGCUUAUAAACUGACUCAAAGCAAUCCACUUGCAACAGACUCGCCAAAAACACUUGUCAAUAACGUAAGAAUUAAACCAAGAAUCAGGCUGUUUUGGGUUUACUGGAGAUAAAAAUAUGAUGCCUGGGAAUUACGUUUUGCUGUUGAUUGUAGGUCUGACUUUGGCUGCGCAAAGUGUGAGAGGCGGUCGAAGCUGUGACUCCAGAUUUAUAAAGUUUGACAAGAAUUGCUAUUUCUUUGGCACGAUUAAGAAGUCAUGGGAUGCAGCGAGACAGGAAUGCCAGAAUUUGGGUGCUGAUCUUGUUGCCAUAGAAACCUAUGCAGAAGACAACUUCAUAUACAACCAGAUCCUGUCCAUGUCAGCCUCUUCUAAACUGUCCGGUUACUGGACUAGUGGUUCGUUAGUCCAGGAAGGACAAUGGGAGUGGCAAUCUACCAGUCGUUCUAUCAACAGCUACACGAGGUGGAACCCUGGGCAGCCGGAUAGUCCCUCACGCCAGCGUUGUCUCUGUCUAUAUAAGGGAUUUACCUACUACUGGGAUGACUUCCAAUGCACUGGUGAAAUGGGGUUCAUUUGCGAGAAAGCUGGCGGCGGCAAACUCAAUUCCAAUUAAGUUUCUGAUAAAGAAAAAUAUUUAAUGCUAAUUUGAAAUGUUGAUGGAGUCUUUCUAGGAACACUUCAAAGAACACCAUAAAAAACUUAACUAUGAAUGAAAUAAGUUGUUUUUAGUGUACAUUUGCCCUAGCUAAGCCACCGUCACAGCGCCCGGGUCAUACGGAUAGGAGGAUAAAGAUGUUUUAAAAAGGUUUUAUCAGUGUGGUGGAUAAUAUACAGUAUGUAGUAGUAAAAAUACUCUUUUGUUACAAAUUGCAAAGUUACUCACGUGGCAUAUUGAGAGUUGAGAUUUUCAUGGAAUUUUCAAGAUAGAUCAGAAAUGGGCUAGAUUUUGGUGAUGAUUAAUUAAUUAAUUGAUUGAUUGAUUGAUUAAAAAUGAGGACUGAAUUAAUGAAUAAUCAAUUAAUUACAAUGGGAAUUGAACUAACUAAUUAAUAGAUAUGAAUGAGAGUUGAUCUUCCUUGGCAGAGGUCUGCACUCUCUAAGUGGUUUUCUAAUUAUAAAUGUGACAAACUUUGUGAACAUUUUCUAUGAAGGUAAAAAGUUAGACAGUGCUACCUCAUGUUAUUGCCUUUUCUCUGCCAAUUUCUUCAACCUCCAAAAUCAUUCCAUAAUUGUUGAUAGUUUCGGGAAAAAAGAAAGAUUUACCGUUCACACUAUUUACAAGUUAAAUACUUAUAUAGAAUGAUCCCAAAAUUUAAUACAUUAAAAUACAUAUUUCAUAUGGAAUCAAGGUUUUUAGAUACGCAUGGGCACUCAAGUAAAUCACAUACCAGCCGGUUUAACUAUUGAUUUAAGCUAAAACUAGAGUGACUUGCUACUAUUAUUUAAAUUUCUGCGAGUUAAUAAAAACAUUAAAAAUUGACCCGAAAAAAGGAAAAUCAAAAUCAAAUCAUAAAUCUAG